GUUCUAUCUCAACAAGUGCCAUCGGGUCUUACGAGUUUGCGCUGGCCAGAUCCAAUUACUAUCUUCAAUGAAUAUUACAAAGCGAAAGUUCCUUUAAAGGCAAAAUUUUUGCCUUUAUUCGAAAAAUGUCAAAGCGACUCGGUAAUGAAAUGUUUAUUUGAUGGUUACCUAGCAAAGUUGUUUGGAUUCAAAGUCGGUUAUCGGCCACCAAGAACGGUUUGCAUUCCGGUUUUGAGUUCAGUUGAUACAGUUGUACAAAGGACUUCUAAAAAGCGAAAGGCUAAUACCAAGGCGGUAAAGAAAGUGAAACAAAAAUGGCUUGAACAGGCGGUCGAGCUGAACAAAGAAAUUGAAAACGGAAAAUUUAAAGAAUCUCUACAAAAGUUUAUGCAAGGUACAGACAAGUCCAUGCAAGAAAAAGAAGAUGCUGGCAGCACACAGUCAAAGCGUGUGAGCGGGAAGUGA